ACGGCGGCGGGGAAUGACCACAACUCCACGUUAUCCUCUGAGCACAACCAUCGUUUUGACUGCAUUCAGAUUAGUUGAAACUACUUUCUUUUAAACUCUCAUAUUACGUUGAUACUGUGACAGCACGAUGUCGAUAACUCCCAUCCUCACCUUCAAAGCAGGUAUCUGCGAACUGGAUUCUGCGAAUGUGGCCAAGCCCCAGCCCACACCUGGCUACAUCUACCUCUACUCCGAAGAUGAAUUGGUGCACUUCUGCUGGCGCCCCAGGAGCGCUCCUCACACCGAGCCCGAGGUGGAUCUCGUGAUGGUCCCCUCCGAUGGAAGCUUCAUCCCCUACGAGCCCUCCGGCCAGGCCCCUACGAACGGUCGCAUCUACUCCUUGAAGUUCUCGUCUAGCUCCCAGCGGUAUCUAUUCUGGCUCCAGUCCAAGUCCCAGCACGACAGCGGAAACCUGGACUGGUUCAGCCCCCGCGAUCUCAGAUUGGGAGAGAUUGUGAACUCGUUGCUGCAGGGUGAAGAGCUUGAUAUGGAGCAGGAGAUUGCCAACUUGCCCCGGGGCCCUGGAGGCAGUGGUGAUGACGAUGAGACUAUGGAGGAUGUGGAGGGCAUGGAUCAUGACACCAGCCACAACCACGGAGGUAGUGGCGCUGGAGCAGGCUUUGAUGCGACAGGCGGAGAUAUCAGAGAAGAGGGUCAAGGAUCGAGGGAGGGUGGUGCUGAAGGUGGAAGAGCGGCGAACGAUUCGUCGGAUCCAUCAUCGGUUGUACAGGGCUUCCUGAAUUCGCUGGGAGGAGGCGAGAGCCAGAGCCAGGGCCAGAGCCAGGGCCAGGACCCUUUCACUACUCUACAGGACCUUCUUACACCUGCUUCCACAUUGCCGUUCAUUGAGGCCGCGGAUGACAAGACCAUCGACAAUCUCCUCAGCUACUUGCCUCCGUCGCUAUUGCUACUGGCUUCGGAUGUCGAGGAUGUGUCGGGCGAGGAUUCGGAAGUCGCUGAAGCUGUUAUGCUUUCCCUUGAAAUUUUACAAAAGAAGAACAUCCUCCGGAAGGUUCUCCAUUCGCCUCAGUUCAUGCAGAGUCUUGCCAGCCUGACUGUCGCACUGCGCGACGGCGGUCUUCCCAGCAUCAGUGAAGCACUCAAGAUCCCAGUGGAGAAUGGAGGUUUCCUUCGUCGCGGAGGAGUGCCUUUGGGCGGAGGCGAUGCUGUUAAGGCUUUCCUCCAGGGUGCUAGGGGCCUUGUCAAGGGACACGACCGUAUGGAGACCGAUUGAACCUACGGAGUUGUAUCAUAAAGUCUGUAUGCUUUCAUGUAUCACCUAAUAAUCAUCUGGGACAAGAAGAAUAAAUGAACAAAAGCUCUGUCGGCAAUUACUCGGUUUCUUUUCUUACUAUGUAUGGAACGCAUUCGAGACAUGUUGCAGAUGAUGGCGGUGAUGUUAUUUUUGGCAUGUACUCCGUAGCGGGGGCCAAUCUAUGUAUGCUCAGGUCAGCGAACAGUGUCCUAUCGGGGGGAAAAGUACAGAUCUGGAAUAUCGCAUUCAAUACGAGUUUAUGCUAGU